ACGCCGAGUAAUACGCUUCAGGCUAAUUAAUUGUGUUCGCAGGGCAUUACACUCUGUUUUUCCCUACAGUCAGCUGUUCCAGAGGGUCGCUGCGCAGUGCUUAAGGGAAGUACCUACAUGUGGUAAAAGCAGCUGUCUGCUGCAUGUGCUGCACCAUCUGGACGUGAAAGUCGAUUGGAUCUGAAUGCCUACGCAUGCCUGCCAUUUCAGCCUUAAGUGAAAUCAGAUUACUUCAUCAGAAGACACUACUGUGUGCCUGGCAACUGAGACCAAACUGGAGCAGGCUAAUUUCUGUAUCACCAGUGCUCAACUUCCCACUGUCACCAGGCUGGGGCAGCAAACAGGCUUCAAGGAAGACUAAAGUCAAGAAGCAAAUACCAUACAUUAUGGAUGCUAAAAGUGAAGAGCUCCUAGCCCCCUUGCGGCUCUCUGUGAAAGAACAGGGAGAUCUUGUCCAAAAGCUGAAAGCAAAGGGAGCAUCAGAGAUUGAUGUAAAGAAAGCAGUCAAUGAACUGAAGGCUCGAAAAAAGGUCCUUGAAGACAAAGAACUAUCCCUUGCCCCAUCUCAAUCAGCAUUUGACAGGACCAAAAUGGAAGAUCUUCUCAAAAGAAGAUUUUUCUAUGACCAGUCAUUUGCGAUUUAUGGAGGAGUGACUGGUCAGUAUGACUUUGGACCAAUGGGCUGUGCUUUGAAAUCCAACAUCAUAUCUGAAUGGCGAAACUUCUUUGUCCUUGAGGAGCAGAUGCUGGAAGUGGAUUGCACUGUUCUCACCCCUGAGCAGGUUUUGAAGGCCUCGGGGCAUGUGGAGAGGUUCGCCGACUUCAUGGUGAAAGAUCUGAAGAACGGCGAGUGUUUCCGCCUCGACCACCUGAUCAAGGCGCAGCUGGAGAAGCUGGCCGCCGACAAGAAGACCCCAGAGGAGGACAAGCAGAAAUGUCUGACCACCGUGGCCCGGCUGGACGGCAUGGGCAAAGAUGACAUGAACGCUGUGAUGAGGAAAUACGACAUGAAGUCUCCUAUCACUGGCAACGAGCUCUCGGACGCCAUGGAAUUCAACCUGAUGUUCAGCACCUCCAUUGGUCCCACUGGCCUUCUAAAGGGGUUCCUGCGGCCGGAGACGGCGCAGGGCAUGUUCGUCAACUUCAAGCGGCUGCUCGAGUUCAACCAGGGCCGCCUGCCGUUCGCCGCCGCCCAGAUCGGCAACGCCUUCCGCAACGAGAUCUCACCCCGCAGCGGACUGAUUCGCGUCAGGGAGUUCACGAUGGCCGAGAUCGAGCACUUCUGCGACCCGGCCGACAAACAGCACCCUAAGUUCGCUGACGUGCGCGGCCAGACGGUGGUGCUGUUCUCCGCCUGCAACCAGAUGGACGGCGUGGCGGCGCAGACCACCACCAUCGGAGGGGCGGUCGACAAGGGUCUGGUGGCCAACGAGACCCUGGGCUAUUUCGUGGCGCGGAUCCAGCAGUUCCUGGAGCUGAUCGGCGUGGACCGGCGACGGCUGCGCUUCCGCCAGCACAUGGCCAACGAGAUGGCCCACUACGCCUGCGACUGCUGGGACGCUGAGAUCCUCACCUCCUACGGCUGGGUGGAGUGCGUCGGCUGCGCGGACCGGUCAGCCUUUGAUCUGAGCCAGCACUACAAGGCCACCGGAGUCAAGCUGGUGGCCGAGAAGAAGUUGCCCGAACCGAAGACCGUCGACGUCGUAGAGCCCGUGGUCGCCAAGGGCUUGCUGGGGAAGGCGUUCAAGAAGGACGCCAAGAAGGUGACUGACCUGCUGAUCGCGCUCUCCGCCGACCAGCUGACGGAGAUGGAGGCCCAGCUGGCCAAGGAUGGGCAGUACCAGCUGACGGCACCGGACGGCACCGCCUUCGCCAUCAAGCCGGACAUGCUGACCGUCAAGCGCCACUCGAAGACGGUGCACGUGGAGGAGGUGGUGCCGAGCGUGAUCGAGCCGUCGUUCGGCGUCGGCCGCGUCAUGUACGCCCUGCUCGAGCACAGCUUCCGCGUACGCGAGGAUGACGACCAGCGCACGUUCUUCUCGCUGCCGCCCGUGGUUGCGCCGCUGAAGUGUUCGGUGCUUCCGCUCAGCGGAAACGCGGAAUUCGGGCCCUUCGUGAACCAGCUCUCCCGCGAGCUGACCACGGCCGGAGUCUCGUGCAAGGUGGACAACGCCAGCGGCAGCAUCGGCAAGCGGUAUGCGCGCACCGACGAGAUCGCCAUCCCUUUCGGUGUGACGGUCGACUUCGACACGCUGCAGACGCCGCACACGGUCACGCUGCGGGAGCGCGACUCACGCGGCCAGGUCCGGCUGCCGCUGGCCGAGGUGGCUGACGUGGUGUCGAACCUGUCCCGCGGCCGCACCAGCUGGGCCGAGGUGGAGGCCCGGUACCCGCGCUUCGAGCAGCAGCAGGCCACCAAGGCGGCCGGCGACAGCUGAGCGGCGGUCGCGGCGCACCGGAGAUGGCCGGCGGCGGCGCAGGUGGCGGGCGGCGCGGUGCCGCCGGCCACGCAUAGGCUUCUAUUUAAUAA